UAUAAGUAAUAAUGUUUAAAGACAAAAUGAGAAAAAAAUAAGCAUACUUAAGUAAUCUUCAAGUUCCAGAAUGGCUACAAUUAUGUCUUCGGCAGUUUUAUUUUUAUGUUGUUUUGGACUUUUCUUUGUGUUAACAGACGGCCAAUGUACCUUGCCGCUAAGUGACGGCACGUGGCAUUCGAGUACGCGCGGCACGUGGACAGUGGCUACGAGCGGCGGAGCAACCGAGGUCUCCAACUUCGAGGCGGCACUGUCCAACUCAAGUAACGUGGCGACGCUUACUUGUCAGCAGAGUUCAGGGACACAGUACAUUUUAGGGACGAAUUUUGAGGAAUUUUUCCAAGAGUUUAUCAACGUGUCCGUGUGCCUGGACAUACGGACAAUCAGUGACGAGAACACAGACAGCUACAUAUUCUACUUCGCCACAGCUGUUGAUGAUGCUACCGGGGAGCGGUUCACCAAUAACACUGACGGGGCGUGCUCGGAGAUCGGAUACGAAACAGUCGCGAACGUUCAAAUCCUCGUCAAAGAUGGUUUUGUGGCGAGUGCGGCGAUGCAACUGCCGAACCUUGCGUUGGGAAACUAUAGUGUAACAUACGAGGUGCUGUUGUCAGCGGUCACCGUGGAGAACUGUACACUUGACACGUGUACCAACAAGACACUCAUGGAGUUCGGCAACUCUGACCCAACUCAGUACCUCGGCUUUACAAAUGGUGGUCAGAUGUACUCCAUCUACACGGACUCUUCUGGGACUGACACCUUCACGUUAACGUACAACGCGGACGUCAGUCCGGAUGGCAUCAACACUCAUCGCUUUGCAUGCUGGGCGCUUCUUUAUUCCGACGGGACGUUGCAAGCGACGGUACUUCCGGAACAGUGCGAGGGCUCUCAGACAUCCACGGCGGUGACCAGUGGCGGACAGAGGUUAACCAUGACCCCAUAUUUCACAUGCGGCCCAGAGGAGGAGGCCGUUGGUGGUCUGGCGGGCUGGGUGAUCGCACUAAUAGUCCUUGGUAUCUUGGCGCUAAUCCUGAUUGUUGCUAUCAUUAUUGUCUUCAUUUGUAUGUGCAAGACCGUUGCGUCCUUGGAUGAUGAGGAGAUGCUUAAGAAAGAGGGUUCCCGGCAAUCGACCCCGGACAGUCUGGUUGGGUAUGGGGAGAAAGAAAAGGAGGCCAUAAAAACCAUCAGAUAUAAACCGUCUAAACGGGAAAAACCAGACCGGGAGAGGACGUUUGAUUUGACGGAGAUUGGGAAACCUGGGGGCGGGAAAAAGUUACAGGACGGACAACCCGUGGAAGCAGAGAAAAGAGUGGAGACUUCAAAGAGUGUGCAGCUACGAAAAGAUAUACAAGGUGGUGAAAGUUUGGGACCCAUCGUGUUUCCACCCGGCAAGAAACCUAUACCACCGACCACCCCACGACCAGACAAAGAUGACGAAGUGCUGUUGCGGAUUAAGAAGGAACGUGAGCGAAAGGAGCGCGAGCGUGAGGAGCGCCGGAAGAAGGAGAAACAAGCAGAGGAGCUCCGAAUUAAAAUGGAGGUCAAGAAGGACCCCGAAGAAAUGGUUGAUAAGGUGAUUAAGCACCCUAAAGAACCGGAAUCCAGUGACGAAUAUGAGACCGACGAUUCUGAGAAAGAGGAGAGGGCCAAGCAGUUAAUGGAAAAGCGGCGGCGGCUGGCAGGUGCGACUUGGACUCCUCCGGGUGGAUUGUCGAACGCCAAGGACGUGGUCGGAGGAAGAAGCGCAGGAAGCGACACGGACACGAUGAGGGAGAACUUGGUGGGGCGCUCGUGACCCGCGAACAGCAAGAUCAGCUAGAGUUCGACCGCCGCCGCCAAAAGAAGGCGAUGCGUAAGCGCGCCAAGGGCCGCCGCCAGCAAAGUGAUGUCAGCGGAAGUGAGACGGACACGGACAACGG